UGCUCAAGAGUUAAACAACUCUCCUUGUCACUGUGCCUCAGUUUCCCAGAGCUCCUAACCCUUCCUGGGGGCACUGCUCUAUGAACUGGACACGGACCCCAAGAGGAAGGAGUUUCUGGAUGACCUUUUCAGCUUCAUGCAGAAGCGGGGCACGCCAGUGAACCGCAUCCCCAUCAUGGCCAAGCAGGUCCUCGACCUGUUCAUGCUGUACGUGCUGGUGACGGAGAAGGGCGGCCUGGUGGAGGUCAUUAACAAGAAGCUGUGGCGGGAGAUCACCAAGGGGCUGAACCUGCCGACCUCCAUCACCAGCGCAGCCUUCACGCUGCGGACUCAGUACAUGAAGUAUCUUUACCCCUAUGAGUGUGAGAGGCGAGGCCUGAGCAGCCCCAACGAGCUCCAGGCUGCCAUCGACAGCAACCGUCGCGAGGGCAGGCGCCAGAGCUUUGGGGGCUCGCUCUUUGCCUACUCACCCAGCGGAGCCCACAGCAUGCUAUCCUCGCCCAAGCUACCAGUGUCUUCUUUGGGCCUCGCCGCCAGCACCAAUGGCAGCUCCAUCACCCCGGCGCCCAAGAUUAAGAAAGGUGAAUCAUGUGAGGGGAAGAGGUUAUCCCUUUAUUUCUCCCUGUAACCAUGAUAAAUCCAUUAGUGUAAAAGAAUUCUCCUGUUCAUCAGUGGCUGUUCCCAAGGCAGACAUUACUAGUCAAUCCCUGCUCUCUAAACCCCCUCCCCCAUGAAGCAGAAAGACAUCACUAAUCUUCAUUCCCCAGUUCUUUGCCAAAACAAAUAUGCCUCAGAUAUGAUGUGCAUGAUUUAUCUAUCUAUUGCCUGCGGCAGACUUUACUA